AUGACUCUCAACCUGCUGGUCAUCAUCUCUGUCUCUCACUUCAGGCAGCUCCAUACUCCCACCAACCUCCUCAUCCUCUCUCUGGCGGUCUCUGACUUCUCCGUGGGCCUCCUGGUUGUCUUCCAGAUUUUAUUCCUGGAUGGCUGCUGGUAUCUGGGUGACCUGUUGUGUGUUUUUUACUAUGUCUUAGAUAUUGUUGUCACGAGCUCCUCCGUGGGAAACAUGGUUCUCAUCUCAGUUGAUCGUUACGUAGCGAUUUGUCACCCUCUGCAUUAUGCCUCCAAAGUCACUCUGAGCAGAGCUCGGCUGGCCGUGUCCCUCUGCUGGAUCUGCUCUCUCUUCUAUGACUUUGUGCUACUGAAUGAAAACCUUAAGCAUCCAGGAAAGUUCAACUUGUGCCUGGGCGAGUGUGUGAUUGGCGUCAGCAGCGCGGAAGCCGUCACAGAUCUGCUUGUCACGCUGGUCAUCCCCAUCACGGCCAUCACGGUCCUGUGUGCGCGGGUGUUUGUGGCGGCCGUGUCUCAGAUUCGGGCCGUCCGGCCUCGAGCUGCCGGUCAUACUCAGAGCGGCGGCAUGACCGUGAGGAAGUCUGAGCUGAGAGCGGCCCGGACCCUCGGCGUGGUCGUUGUGGUUUUUCUCACAUGUCUCCUGCCAUAUUACUGUGUCAUUCUGGAAGGCCCCGCCAGCUUCGUCAGCCUGUCAUCUGUUGUUUUUUUCACAUAUUUGUUCUACCUGAACUCCUGCUUAAACCCUCUGAUCUACGCCCUCUUCUACCCCUGGUUCAGAAAGUCUGUGAAGAUCAUUGUGACGCUUCAGGUUCUGAAGCCUGGCUCUCGAGACAUAAAAAUGAUGUGAUGCUCCAAAAGGGAAGUUGUGUCAUUUUUAUUAUUUUUAAUAACUUUCUGUAUCUUAUAUGUCCGUUUUAUUUAUAGAAUUGAACUUUAUUCAUCUCACAGUUAAGACAUUUACCAACACAAAGGAAAAACAAGUAACAAAUCACAUCUCAAUCCAAAUAAGCCAACAAAUAAAUGAAUACAUUUUAUGACUUGAAACAGAAAGAAAGUG